AUGGGAGGCAUUCGGGGCCGCGUAUCUUUUGGCAAACGAAAGGUUGGUGAAAUCGCCACAGACGAGACUCGGGAAGACAUGGCAUCCCCUACCACGGAAGAGCCACAACCUAAGAGAGCCAAGACGGAAACUGCGUCUGAAGAGGAGAAUGGGGAUGGCCCUAAGCGCUGGUACCCCGGCAUGCAGGUUCCCGAAGGCCGACCACGGCCCAAGUUCGUAGGCGAGGACGACGAGGCGCGCAUCUCAGGCAGCGGGACGGUCGAAGACCCGGCGAUCAUGUGGCUGGGGAAGAUGCCGUCGCGCGACGCAGGGGGCGCGAUCCGGGCGGCAAACGAGGAGGUAGCGCGGCAGGCGGCGCAGCGGCUAGGGUGCGGGAUCACGCACGUGUACAUCCGGUGCGCGGCGCAGGCGAGCAAGUUCGUGGACCGGGACGGGGCGCGGAUCCCGGUGUGGAACCCGGACCGGAUCUGGUUCGCGCACGGGGCGGCGGCGGCGGCGCCGCACCUGGCGCUGGCGUUCGGCACGGCGGCGGACAACCUGGUGCUGCACGGGUACGUGGGCGUGGCGGUGGACGGGGCGGGGCGGCCGACGGGGCUGGCGGCGAGCGCGGGAGGCGACGUCGAGGACGGCGAGGACGCCGACGGCGCGCUCGACCUCGCGCCCUACGCCGAGACGCCGCGCGACUGCGCCGCCUACUGCCCCCUCCACGCCGCCGGCCAGGCGCCCGUCGACGCCUGCGCGCUGGCCCGCGCCCGCGCCUGCCCCGUCCACGGCGACGUCUCCGCCGCCCUCGACCACUGGUGCCCCCGCGCCCGCUGGCGCACCGAGCCCCUCGGCGACCACUACUGCCCCUGCCCCCACGACGUCGCCGGGCUCGCCGACCACUACUGCCCCUGCCCCCACGAGGGCGCCGCGGCGGCCAGGCGCCACUGCCGCCACAAGGUCUCCAAGCAGGCUAGGGCCCAGCACCUCCAUUACUGCCCGGCCUAUCCGUUUUAA